AACCCCAUGGAAAGUCGUUGAGUAGUAGGACUGAAGAAGAAGAAGGGUAGCACUGAAUGGCAUUAAAGGUUUCAUCUUUGAUCAAUUCAAAGCAAAUUCUAAAAAGUUAUGUUUAAAUUCGUUAUUUUCUUCAAUUUCAAGUGAAAUUCCUUCAAAUGAUACUCCUAAAGCCACUGAUUUCGAAGUAAAAAUACGUGCUUUAAGGAAGAACUUAAAUCCUGAUAACUUACUUAGGGUUUUAAAUUCAACUCAUGAUAUGAAGACAUCGAUAGAGAUAAUAAAAUGGGUUUCUGUACAGAAACGGUUUUGUCAUACCCCUGAUACUUAUACUAACAUGAUUCUGAAAUUAGGUAUGGUGGGAAAAACUGAAGAAAUGGAAGUUGUUUGUUUGAAUAUGGUUAAGGAAAAGUGCAUAGGAAUUGAAGAAGUCUUUUCUGAAUUAAUUGCUAGUUUUGUUGAUAAUAAUAGAUUUAAAGAAGCUUUAAGAGUUCUCGAAAUUAUGAAUUCCGCAAAGGUAAAACCGUCUAUACGGAUAUGUAAUGUACUAAUAGGUACUCUUGUAGAGGAGAAAAAUGAUUUUCUAUCGAUAUUGUUUGCUUAUAAAGAGAUGGUGAAAGCUGGAAUUGUACCAAAUGUUGACACAUUGAAUUACUUGAUACAAGUUUUGUUGGAAGAUGGUCGGAUUGAAGUUGCGUUAGAUCAGUACAGGAGAAUGGAUAAGAAAGGAUGUAAGCCUAAUGGUAGGACUUUUGAGAUACUUAUAAAGGGUUUGUGUAUGAGAGACCGGGUUGCUGAAUCAGUUAUAGUUUUGGAUGAGAUGUUUGAGAUUGAAUGUACAUUGGAUGUGAGUUUUUAUUGUGCUGUAAUACCUGUUUACUGCGAAGCUAAUAAACUAAAUGUUGGACUGAGAUUGUUUAGUAAGAUGCGAGAUACUGGUACAUUGCCUGGUUUGUUAAUUUAUAAGGUUUUGGUGGAGAGUUUGUGUGCAGAACGGAGGUUAGAUGAGGCGGUUAAGCUUUUCAAAGAUAUGGUAGAUAAUGGUAUAGACCCUGUGGUUGAUAUAUUUGUUGAUAUUGUUUGUGGGCUCGGUAAAGUUGGGAAAUUUAGUGAAGCGUCCGAUUUCUUGGAGGAGAAUUCUGUGUUUGAUAUUUCUCCGCACAAUGAGUUGCUUCAAGGUUACUGCAACAGUGGUAGGCUUUACGAGGGAAGUAAGUUUCUCGAGAAAAUGGUUGAGAAGAAUGUAGCUGAUAGUUUUUCUUGGAGUAUUCUUAUCCGAGGGAUUUGUGAACUAGGAAAAGUUACAAAGGCGUUUGAAGUUCUUAAUAGAAUGGUGAUUUUGUCAUACAUUCCCGAUGUUGCUACUUAUUCCGCUCUUAUAUGUAGACACUGUCGACAGAACAAGUAUCAAGAGGCUCUCGAGCCAUUUCAUUCAGUUCAUGUUAAGAAGUGGGUUUUAGAGUCAAACUCCUUCGAACAACUAAUUGAAGGCCUAUGCAGUGUUAACAUGAUGGAAGAAGCAUUGUCGGUGUACCAUUAUAUGUCUACCAACGGUAUCAGUAUGAGAACAUCGUCAUUCAAUAUCUUGCUCAAAUGUAUGCUUACAGGAAAUGCUGAUGAAGCAAUCAGCCUGUUCAAGUCUUCGGAGUUUCGUUCUGGUACUUCCGGCUGUCUUGAGACGUACAAUAUCAUCAUGCAUGGGUUGCUAAAGUUGGGUAGGGCAGCAGAUGUGUUAGUACAGUUCUCUCAAAUGUUGGUGCAGGGCUGUACGUUAGAUGUGGAGACUUACAAUGUCCUAAUAUGUAGCAUGUGCGCAGAAAGCAGAGCAAGUGAUUGUGCUCUACUGUUAAGUCAGAUGCUUGCAGUUGGGUUUGUUCCAGAUUCAGAGACCUUAGAGAUACUGAUGUCCUGUAUGGCGAGCCAUUCUCGGUUACAUCUGCUUACACACUCAAUGGAUAAGCUGGCUUUAAGGGAUGGAAUUCUGACUGUUCCAAUGUACAACAUGUUGAUCAACUGUCUCUGCAAGGAAGGUCAUAAACAUGACGCCUGUAGAUUCUUAGAUCAAAUGUUGGAGAAAGGGUGGGUCCCAGAUGCUGCUACACACGGUUUGUUAAUCGGCAGAAAUAAUAGAGAUGAAGCUGGUUCAGAAGCAGAGUUAAUUGAAGACCAGGAUCAAGUUUGCAAUAUAUUGGCGGAGGGGUUGACAAAAACAUAAGAAACUCGGGUACUGAUGAUAUAGGAGGUUGAAAAUUAUACUAAAAUUAAACCAGAAGGCAGUGUACUCACCAAUCAGCAUUCCAAGUCUUCAACACAGAAUCACUCCACCUGUCUUCACAUCUCAACCUGGUUCAAGAGUGUGGACUCCGUCACCUACAGGGGAAUUCUCUGUCAAAUCAACCUGCAAUGCUUUGACAGCACAUGACCCAGGUAACCCGCAAUUUCCAUCUUAAAAAAUCUGGAGCCAUCAUGUCCCACCAAGAGUAAUUUUUUUAUAUGGACGUUUGCACUUAACAAAAUCUCUACUCAAGACGCACACUCCAAAGGAGAAGUUUUGAGUUGGCCCAGUAGGUGCCCUUUCUGUCAAAACCAACUAGAAUCAACAUAGCACCUCCUUUUAAAUUGUCUAUUUGCCUUCAAAGUUUGGCGUUUCUCAUGCCCUACCACCACCAAUGGACACCUACACAAUCAGUUAUGCAAUUGUCACAAUCAUGGUCUACCUGCCAAGGGUAUGCAGGGCCCUGCAAGGGUCACAGGAGACAUGGUUCCUGACAGUGGAGUUUGUGGAAUGAAUAAAGAAUUCACCAUGAGAAAACUCAUUUCCAAGCAACUCUUGGAAGUUAAGGCUGCUCUUAUAACACGGAGUUCAGCUUUCAGUAGUGUCUUAGGAAAGCUAGUUCCAGUAUGUAUUGUUUCCCAUUUAUCCUAUUCGAGAUGUAACCUUUUUUUUGACAGAUUUCUUGUUAUUUUUUUUUUAUUUUUUACUUGUAACAAUCUUUCUUUCACGAUCAAAAAUGAAACUUAUGAAACUCAUUCAACAUUAUCUUGAUUAUCCUGCUGCUCAGAUUCAUCUAUCUUAAUUCCCUCCGUCUCUGUGAACUCCCCAUGAUUUUAUGUAACGCAUAUUAC